CGUGUACAUAUCAAAGUCUCACAAUGUGUGGACGUCGCCGGUCUCACUUCCUUUGACAUCAUCUACAAUAUAAAAUCUAGCGUAUCAGCAAAACCAUCUUUCAGUCGCUUAAGCCCCAAUCCUCUCCACCAUGUCUUUGCAGUCUGCGCAGUGCGCUGUCGGAACACUCGGUCUGACCGUCCCUCCCGAUACACCAAACCUCACAUCAAUCAAUGGUUAUGGCCACUAUUACACGUCUCCAGAACCCUCUCAGCUGCUCGGUGCAGGAGGAAAAGACAUGCCGUUGAACCUAUCUUUUGAAAUUGCAGAAGAUGACGAGGGUAUUUUCAUUUCGAGGGCAGCGGCGGUUUGGCAGGGUGCCAUUUCCAAGAGAGCAAUGAUUCCUCUUCCAGUUCGAGCACGCGCGAUGGCCACAGGCAUCGUUCGGGGUCAUGCCGUCACUAAUCUGGCCGAUGACCCUUCCUCCGAUGACACUUCCAGUAUGUCACACGACAUGCAAAUUUGCACCGAUGAAGUGGCGCAAGAUACCUCCAGCAUCUUUCAGAGUAUCUCGGCGACACCUGGUCUUCGGUCAUGGAGUUUCGAGGAACUCCGUACAGAAUGUUACUCGCAAUCUCGUCUUGCGACCGGCUAUGCCCCUCGGGCAGUCCCUCCUGGCGCACCGUCCUGGAUGAUCAUUCCCCCAGCUUUCAAUCCCUACAAGGCGAUGACUUAACCUAGAACAUGCUUUCAAUUGUGCGGUAGCUAUGUGUGGUAGUUUGAUCUCGUGUGUGUACAAGGUUAUAAUGUGUAGUACUA